AAUCAAUAAAGAAAGAAUGGAUAUAUCCCAAACUUGAAUUUACAAUCUUUCAACCAAAACAAAAACUUGCAGCAACCUUCUCUGUUCCAACUCCAACAGGAGAACUCAGAACCUUAGCUAACUCUACAGAAAAAUCCUUUGCUUUUCUUUUUUUAAUGAUACGGCGACCACCGAGAUCUACACACUACUUUUAUUGCUACUUAAAAGACUAUAUGAACUAUGCAAUGGACAAUGAUGGACUUCGAGGCUUAUCUAAACAACAAGCUUUUGAAAAAUUAUUACUACAGUACCAGACAAUUAUUGUUAUUGUUUCGGUCCUUG